GACCGCGCGGAGCUCUGUACGACAUGUGCCAAGAUGGCUGACUCAAAGGAAGAAGAUGAUGUUGAGCUGGGUUUUGUGGAAAAAGUCGCGAAUCCUCUGCGAUUGGCUAGCCCAUUCUUCCCAAGCAAAGUAGGAGGGGUGCCUGCCUGGCUUGAUCUCGAAAAUCUACCUAGUUCAAAUGGACUUCUUUGUAAAAGCUGUCAAAAACCAUUGGCUUUCUUGAUGCAAGUGUACUCACCUUUUUCCGAGGGUGUCGCAAGCGAAGAAAGAUGCUUUCAUAGGACAGUCUUUGUCUUUUGUUGCCGUAAUGGAAAAUGCUAUAAAAAAAACUCUAAUGACUGCUUUUUAGUCUUACGUUGUCAACUUCCUAGAAAAAAUAAGUUCUACAGUUUCAAUCCCCCACCAGAGAUUGAUGACAACGAGAAUGUAACUUUGGAAUCUGUUAGCUCAGAAUUCAGACCGAGGAAAUUUGCUUGUUUGUGCGAUGUUUGUGGUUGUAGUGGUACAAAGAAAUGCUCCAAGUGUAAAAGUGUGUUCUAUUGUAGUCGGGAUCAUCAAGUUUUUGGAUGGAAAACUGGCCAUAAGACUGCGUGUAACCAACUUGCUGAAGGAAAGACUAUUCCUAAAGAAGGUAACACACCUUUGAAACCCAACCAAGUACUCUUCCCCGAGUUAGAAAUUAUUACAGAAACUGAGCCUCCAGAAGAGCAAUUCGUUGAGAAAAGUGAAGAAGAAAAAAUGAAAGAGUUUGAGUCCAUGUCAAAAAGCCUAGGAGUAGACAGUAGCAAAGAUCAAGAACUAGAAAGACUAGCAGAACUUGGAAAAGAAAAGUUUGUUGUAGAUAAGAUAUUCAAGAAUUUCAAGAAGAGAGUUCUUAGAUGUCCAGAUCAGGUGCUGCGUUAUCAGAGAGGUGGAGAACCUCUCUGGGUAUCUGACGAAUAUCAGCCAAGACUUGAAGAUGUUCCUAAGUGUCAGUGUGGUUCAAGUCGACAGUUUGAGUUUCAGAUAAUGCCACAGCUUCUCAACUAUCUCAAAGUAGACUCUGUAGAAGCAAGUAUGGACUGGGGAACCAUUGUAAUCUUCACCUGUAGUACCAGCUGUGAUGAAGGACAUCCGUACCAUCAAGAGUUUGCCUGGAAACAGGACUUUACAGACACUGGUUUGCCAGGAAAUGCACUGAUUCAAUAAGGCAACCAAAUAGUAGCACACAGAAAGUACAUAUAGGCUUCCUUUAUAGACUUUGUGGAUCAUGGGCUUAUACAGCUUGAAAUCAAGCCUUCCUGAUACAUUAUGAACAGCUAGAUUCGAUUUUUUGUUGGGAGAGUCAAUAGCACAGCCCAGUUAGGAGAGUCAAUAGCCCAUUAUGUCCACCAAACAAACAGACUAAGGAAGUAUAAAUACCAUGCUAGCCUUAGUUGUGGACAAAUUACAUGUGCAUACCAGCAUUGUUGAACCUUAGAAUAAACUUUCAUUUGCAAGAAAAUCAUUAGGUGCUAAGUCGUUAGGAAACCAUCUUUUGUGGUGACUUUACCUGGUCAUAUUGCAACAAAUAUUCUGGCCCUGUAUAUGUGCCUUUUCUAGCCUAAUACAUGUCUUUGGUUUCUUGACAUGUUGUCAGUAAAAAGGUAUUUUUCCUAGGGUCGGGCCCAUUUCGUAUAUCGCGUCUGGGACUCUUCGUGUGCCACUGGGUAGUAGCUCAGAUUACGCAACGUAACUUGACCAGGUAUCUACGUAAACACGGAGAGCGUGUUGCAAAUCAAUGCAAAAUUCGACCAAAUCAGGGGGAGUUUCUUUGUUUGUCAUCUCUAAAUCAAUUUACCAAACAACCUCUGUUCCCAACGCCCUUGCAGGUGCUUAAACCUGGGUAUGAGAAAACAGAGCAGGCAUACAGUUGAUUGGGCUGAAAGAUAUUAGAUGGCUUAGAUAGCUUGGCAUUAACGAUUCUAUCAGCUUUUUAGGGAGGUAAUAAAAAAAUGAAAGUAAUUGCAUUAUUUGUGUUAGUCUUUUUUGCCACACCUGGUCUUGACUAGCCAUAGGUAGGCAGAUUAUUAUUGUACAUACAACCAAAAGAAUAUUUUAUUUUAUCUUAUUAGCUUCGCCACAAUAGGCAGGGUAGCUGCAACAGCAUGGAAUAGAAUAAUAAUUUUUGGUAAUGUUGUUAAACAGAUAACUAUGACCUUGAAACUUAAAGUGGGAUUUGAAUUUUUAUUUGUAAUUAUGUGAUAUAUAUACAGUAAUUAAUCUUCUAAUAAUUAAACAUUAAAUAUUUUUAAUGUG